CCGGUUUUAUGAUCUGAGUUCAGUAUUCAAUAUCGCCGGCGAUUUCUGCUCAUCUGUUCGAUGUCCUCUCCGUCUGCGGUCGCCGACCUCUUGGCCGCGCUUGCAUACCGGCUUAAGAACAGAGAUCAAUUGUUCGAAGAAGAAGUGGAAGAGUCUACUUCCUCUAUGGGACUAGCUAUCUGGGAGCUUAACCGAUCUCUGACUCUGGACAUCGGCGGCGAGGAGACUGGGGUUAAGGUUAUGGACGCAGCGUUAUCUCUAAUGUGCUUCAAGGCACCUCAGGUAUUUGAUUCGGCGAUUGAGUAUCUGGUGCGAACCAUUGUUUGCGCCUUGUCAUCUUCAAGGAAUUGUAAGGUACUUAGGUAUCGAAACGAGGAAACGUUACAGUUUGGUAGCUCCUAUUUACCUCGCUGCUCUGAUGAUUUGAUCCAAGUCUCUAAGGAUAUUAUUGAUAAAUUGGGAGGAUCGAACGGAAGAUUGGCUACAGAAUUAUUUCAAGCUGUUGUAAGAUCGGCAGCUUCAACAUCAUGCAGCGUGCAUAGAAAGUUAGAGGAUGGAAGAAAUAGGGCUGUCUCGAAGCUUCUUGCUUUCUUACCGAGAGAAUCAUCUGUAGACAACCACGAAAUACCUCUGAGGAUCCUGUUCUGGUAUCAAGAUCCGUUGUCUUUGAAGGAAGAUGUUUCCAGAAUCUUGAAAGAUGUGGUGGAAAGGCCUUUCCUUUGUCUAAAGAAGGAGCUUUUCGAGAGGGCAGAGUGGCGCGAUAUUGUCAUCUGCUUAGCGCUAUCUCCUUCUAUGUUUAUCAACACCAGAGCCCUUUUACAUAAGUGGCUUUUGCUCACGGGACUUGCUUCUGUCUUCGAAGUACUUGCUGGUUUGGUCUCUGCAAUAGUGGACACUAUUUCAAGACCGUCGUUGUGGGGUAUACCGGUGGAACUAGCUUCCAUGUUGCCAUUCUCUGAUACAUAUUUUCCCUCCCAGUGUCAAAUUCUGAGAAUCUUGGCUGGUCCUCUCACCUCCAAGUCCCUCGUAAUGUUAGCUCAUACUGUCAGUAAACCAUCUGCUGUUCCUGGGAAACAAGGACGGGAUGCUUAUUGUAAGCCUACUCCGAUAAAAGUUCAAGCAUUAGAUGACAAAACCGAAUGGGCUUUGGCUAUUAACUUCCCAGAUUGGUUUUAUUUUGCUUCUGCUAUGCUCUUCUCAGAUGGAAAAUCGUUGGAAAAUAUCCACCGUAGAUACAUUUCAAAAGUGGCUGAUUGUAGACAAGCAUGUGAUGCGGAAGAUCUCUCCAUUGCUGCGGCUACAUACAUUGCUUGGAUACUAAACCCUGUAACUGGAACCAUUCAAGAAUCACUAAGUAAGUCUCUCAUUAGAGUCUCAGAGAUAUGUAUCAGUAAAAGUUCCGGCUCAGAAGCACAUCGUAGUGAGACUAUAACUGGCAAGAGAAAGAAACCAGAUAGGCUCGUUUCUGGCAAAAUAAAGGCUUCCAGUAUUGUGGAGGACCUAUUGAGAGAAUAUGACAACAAAAUCACCAAUUCAGUUGAAUUGGAUUCGCAGAAAACACAUACCUCUUUCAGCUCUGGCCUCCAAAACAAUUUUUUGGUAAGAAGGGUGGUGGUUGGCGUACUGUUUGGUUCUCCAUAUCCAGUAACAGAUGAGGAGUAUGAAUUGGUACUGCACUAUGCUGCAACUGGGAAAAUUCCCGCCUUUAAGAAAUCACGGAGUACUGGAUUCAAACAAGGAAAGGGACUCUGUAGAAUAUCUGCUUUACUGUCGAAUGAGAUUACCAAGGAGGAGGCUAUUGAAGGCACACUUCUUGUUUUCAACUUAACCGACACGUUGGAGAGUAUGUGUGUAUCAUGUUUUGAAGCUGAAGAAGACGUCGAGGAGUCUAUUAACCAUUUUAAGCUAAGAUCAAGCAAGUACUUGAUCAAAUGCAUAGAUCGCCUGAUACAAGUUCACUGUAAAGAAGGUGGAGAUCCAAUACUAAGUGACAUCAAUAUCAGACUGCUACAAUGGAAGAUAAAAGGACUAGAAGAUCCACAUUUCAACAAAGUUCUUGAUGAUAUCGCUGCUAAGUUAGCCUGCAAAUUCUUGCCCGUAUAACUGCCACCAUGUAUCCUGACCUGUGUCAUAUUUGGUGGUGCACAUAAUUUUUGGGAAAAUUGCGAUCAGAGGUGAAUUGUUUAAAACACUCACACGACUGGUAAGAAGAUGGUGUACAGGUAGUUGAAAUUGACUGCCUUCUUUGGUCUAAUUUUUAAAUAGUAAGAAGACGGGGAAGGAGUGUUAUGAAAGGGAGGAAGAGGAAAAGCAUAGGUGAUAAGCCAGUUUAGUCUUCAAAGUAGCAACAUUCUCGGCAAAUUUUAAGUUGGGUGCCUAAAUGUCGUUGGUUGUCUAUAAUAUGUUGCCACCUCUAAAUAGGAUCUCUUAGUUUGUUUAGAGCCUAAAGUUUUAAGUUGCUGGCUAUCAUAUUAUAUUAUCAAGUGAGCUCUAAAUUGAAUGUGUUACUCUUCUGCACAUGGGUUAUGAGACAUAUGACCUGCAAUUUUUUUUUUAUUGUGAUCAUAAUGACAUAUUUACCUUUACCCUUAAUAUUUCAGCUCCACAACUGAAAGUAUUUAAUCUGCCUGGACUGGACCAGAAGAUUGUGGACAAUUUAAUGGUGAGCCUCGGAGCCACUUCACUUGACAACCACAAAACAAUAAGGUAUGCACACCAACUCAAUGAUGCCAUAACUGCCGGCCACAGUGCCUUCUGCUAGCCAGGGCAUCUGAGUUUCGUUAUCCCAAGCCCUUGAGAGUUGCAAAAGGCAUAUGAUCCAGAGAAGUUAGUACAUGUACUUGGUUUUCCCGUUAGAGGCUUUUUUAAAUCAUGUUGUUAAAUAUUUGUUAUCAGACCUUAUGCUUUAAAAUAGUCAUUACAUUGACCUUCAGACUAAUUGUAUGGACGCCAGCCAGGUCUAGGCUUUCAUAUGGAAAGAGAUAAAAUCUUUUUCCAACC